GUUGGGUCCUCUCCCACUCUGAGCCAUGGUAGCGUUGGGUCCUCUCCCACUCUGAGCCAUGGUUGCGUUGGGUCCUCUCCCACUCUGAGCCAUGGUAGCGUUGGGUCCUCUCCCACUCUGAGCCAUGGUAGCGUUGGGUCCUCUCCCACUCUGAGCCAUGGUAGCGUUGGGUCCUCUCCCACUCUGAGCCAUGGUAGCGUUGGGUCCUCUCCCACUCUGAGCCAUGGUAGCGUUGGGUCCUCUCCUACUCUGAGCCAUGGUAGCGUUGGGUCCUCUCCCACUCUGAGCCAUGGUAGCGUUGGGACCUCUCCCACUCUGAGCUAUGGUAGCGUUGGGUCCUCUCCCACUCUGAGCCAUGGUAGCGUUGGGUCCUCUCCCACUCUGAGCCAUGGUAGAGUUGGGUCCUCUCCCACUCUGAGCCAUGGUAGAGUUGGGUCCUCUCCCACUCUGAGCCAUGGUAGCGUUGGGUCCUCUCCCACUCUGAGCCAUGGUAGCGUUGGGUCCUCUCCCACUCUGAGCCAUGGUAGCGUUGGGUCCUCUCCUACUCUGAGCCAUGGUAGCGUUGGGUCCUCUACCACUCUGAGCCUUGGUAGUGUUGGGUCCUCUCCCACUCUGAGCCAUGGUAGCGUUGGGUCCUCUACCACUCUGAGCCAUGGUAGCGUUGGGUCCUCUCCCACUCUGAGCCAUGGUAGCGUUGGGUCCUCUCCCACUCUGAGCCAUGGUAGCGUUGGGUCCUCUCCCACUCUGAGCCAUGGUAGCGUUGGGUCCUCUCCCACUCUGAGCCAUGGUAGCGUUGGGUCCUCUCCCACUAUGAGCCAUGGUAGCGUUGGGUCCUCUCCCACUCUGAGCCAUGGUAGCGUUGGGGCCUCUCCCACUCUGAGCCAUGGUAGCGUUGGGUCCUCUCCCACUCUGAGCCAUGGUAGCGUUGGGUCCUCUCCCACUCUGAGCCAUGGUAGCGUUGGGUCCUCUCCCACUCUGAGCCACGGUAGCGUUGUGUCCUCUCCCACUCUGAGCCAUGGUAGCGUUGGGUCCUCUCCCACUCUGAGCCAUGGUAGCGUUGGGGCCUCUCCCACUCUGAGCCAUGGUAGCGUUGGGUCGUCUCCCACUCUGAGCCAUGGUAGCGUUGAAUCCUCUCCCACUCUGAGCCAUGGUAGCGUUGGGUCCUCUACCACUCUGAGCCAUGGUAGCGUUGGGUCCUCUCCCACUCUGAGCCAUGGUAGCGUUGGGUCCUCUCCCACUCUGAGCCAUGGUAGCGUUGGGUCCUCUCCCACUCUGAGCCAUGGUAGCGUUGGGUCCUCUCCCACUCUGAGCCAUGGUAGCGUUGGGUCCUCUCCCACUCUGAGCCAUGGUAGCGUUGGGUCCUCUCCCACUCUGAGCCAUGGUAGCGUUGGGUCCUCUCCUACUCUGAGCCAUGGUAGCGUUGGGUCCUCUCCCACUCUGAGCCUUGGUAGCGUUGGGUCCUCUCCCACUCUGCGCCAUGGUAGCGUUGUGUCCUCUCCCACUCUGAGCCAUGGUAGCGUUGGGUCCUCUCCCACUCUGAGCCAUGGUAGCGUUGGGUCCUCUCCCACUCUGAGCCAUGGUAGCGUUGAAUCCUCUCCCACUCUGAGCCAUGGUAGCGUUGGGUCCUCUCCCACUCUGAGCCAUGGUAGCGUUGGGUCCUCUCCCACUCUGAGCCAUGGUAGCGUUGGGGCCUCUCCCACUCUGAGCCAUGGUAGCGUUGGGUCGUCUCCCACUCUGAGCCAUGGUAGCGUUGAAUCCUCUCCCACUAUGAGCCAUGGUAGCGUUGGGUCCUCUACCACUCUGAGCCUUGGUAGUGUUGGGUCCUCUCCCACUCUGAGCCAUGGUAGUGUUGGGUCCUCUCCCACUCUGAGCCAUGGUAGCGUUGGGUCCUCUCCCACUCUGAGCCAUGGUAGCGUUGGGUCCUCUCCCACUCUGAGCCAUGGUAGCGUUGGGUCCUCUCCCACUCUGAGCCAUGGUAGCGUUGGGUCCUCUCCCACUAUGAGCCACGGUAGCGUUGGUCCUCUCCCACAUUGAGCCACGGUAGCGUUGGGUCCUCUCCCACUCUGAGCCACGGUAGCGUUGGGUCCUCUACCACUCUGAGCCAUGGUAGCGUUGGGUCCUCUACCCACUCUGAGCCAUGGUAGCGUGGGUCCUCUCCCACUCUGAUCAUGGUAGCGUUGGGUCCUCUCCCACUCUGAGCCAUGGUUGCGUUGGGUCCUCUCCCACUCUGAGCCAUGGUAGCGUUGGGUCCUCUCCCACUCUGAGCCAUGGUAGCGUUGGGUCCUCUCCCACUCGGGCCUGGUAGCGUUGGGUCUUCCCACUCUGAGCCAUGGUAGCGUUGGGGCCUCUCCCACUCUGACCCAUGGUAGCGUUGGGUCCUCUCCCACUCUGAGCCAUGGUAGCGUUGGGUCCUUCCCACUCUGAGCCAUGGUAGCGUUGGGUCCUCUACCACUCUGAGCCAUGGUAGCGUUGGGUCCUCUCCCACUCUGAGCCAUGGUAGCGUUGGGUCCUCUCCCACUCUGAGCCAUGGUAGCGUUGGGUCCUCUCCCACUCUGAGCCAUGGUAGCGUUGGGUCCUCUCCCACUCUGAGCCAUGGUAGCGUUGGGUCCUCUCCCACUCUGAGCCAUGGUAGCUUUGGGUCCUCUCCCACUCUGAGCCAUGGUAGCGUUGGGUCCUCUCCCACUAUGAGCCAUGGUAGCGUUGGGUCCUCUACCACUCUGAGCCUUGGUAGUGUUGGGUCCUCUCCCACUCUGAGCCAUGGUAGCGUUGGGUCCUCUCCCACUCUGAGCCAUGGUAGCGUUGGGUCCUCUCCCACUCUGAGCCAUGGUAGCGUUGGGUCCUCUCCCACUCUGAGCCAUGGUAGCGUUGGGUCCUCUCCCACUCUGAGCCAUGGUAGCUUUGGGUCCUCUCCCACUCUGAGCCAUGGUUGCGUUGGGUCCUCUCCCACUCUGAGCCAUGGUAGCGUUGGGUCCUCUCCCACUUUGAGCCAUGGUAGCGUUGGGUCCUCUCCCACUCUGAGCCUUGGUAGCAUUGGGUCCUCUCCCACUCUGCGCCAUGGUAGCGUUGGGUCCUCUCCCACUCUGAGCCAUGGUAGCGUUGGGUCCUCUCCCACUCUGAGCCACGGUAGCGUUGUGUCCUCUCCCACUCUGAGCCAUGGUAGCGUUGGGUCCUCUCCCACUCUGAGCCAUGGUAGCGUUGGGUCCUCUACCACUCUGAGCCUUGGUAGCAUUGGGUCUUCUCCCACUCUGAGCCAUGGUAGCGUUGGGUCCUCUACCACUCUGAGCCUUGGUAGCGUUGGGUCCUCUCCCACUCUGAGCCAUGGUAGCGUUGGGUCCUCUCCCACUCUGAGCCAUGGUAGCGUUGGGUCCUCUCCCACUCUGAGCCAUGGUAGCGUUGGGUCCUCUCCCACUCUGAGCCAUGGUAGCGUUGGGUCCUCUCCCACUCUGAGCCUUGGUAGCGUUGGGUCCUCUCCCACUCUGAGCCAUGGUAGCGUUGGGUCCUCUCCCACUCUGAGCCAUGGUAGCGUUGGGUCCUCUCCCACUCUGAGCCAUGGUAGCGUUGGGGCCUCUCCCACUCUGAGCCAUGGUAGCGUUGGGGCCUCUCCCACUCUGAGCCUUGGUAGCGUUGGAUGUCUAUGCUUUACCUCUCUUGUCACUAUAUAAUGAUAUCUUCACUAUUACAGUUCCUGGCUCAGGAGUUCCUGGCUGAGGUGUUCCUGGCUGAGUUCCUGGCUGAGUUACUGGAUCCAACACGUCUGACUCUGCGCCUG